AUGAAUUUCAGCAGCAGCAAGGGCCAAGCUGUGGUAUUCAGCCUUGGUAUUGGACUUAUAUUAGGGGCUCUGGAAUCUUCUAGCACAUGGAUCUUAGAUUUUCGAGAAGAAGAGGAAAAGGCUAGCUGGUUUAAAGGACUUGUUCAAGCCACAUAUCAAGCUUCUACUCCUCCAUCAGUUGACUUGCUUGGUGACUCAGAGGGUGAUGCUAUUUCGGACAGUGUUCUUAGUACCACUAAUUCGAAAACAUCUGACCUUGUUAUUAAUGGAGCACUGGUGGAAUUGAAGCUGUUUAUAUAUGGAAAGGUUGGGGAAGACAUAAAUGGAAAGCUUGAUGAGUCUCUUAUUCUCGAAAUUGUUGCGGAUGGGGGAAAGGUCCAGGUCCUUCUUGCAGAGGGUGACCUGACAGUGAAGAUGAAAUUGCAUUCUUUAAAAAUUAAGGAUGAACUUCAGAGUCGUCUAUCAGUAGCUCCUCGUUAUCUUGCUGUUUCAGUCUUGACAAAUGAAACUUUAUCGUCUGACAUGUUUGAUUCUCAUGGGAAGGAAUUGAUUCAUGAUGAUGAUGAUAGCUUUAUGGAUGCAUUAUCUGAAUUCAUUUCUCAAACUGAUGGAGGACAUGGUUUGCAUAAUAUGGUUUUGGAUCAGCAGGGAUUGGUGGGGAUUGCUUCUGAUUUUGAGUCUCUGGAAAGCAUAAUACAUGAAAAGGAUAUUGAGAAGGUAAAGGGCACUCCCCGUGAGGUAUAUUAUGAGGCACUGGGAAGUGAUACUUCAAAUUUUGUGUCUGUUUCCUUUACAACAAGGAGUUCUGCCUCACCUGAUUAUGAUGGUAUAGACACACAGAUGUGUGUUCGUAUGUCCAAACUGGAAUUUUUCUGCAACCGACCUACUAUUGUUGCUUUGAUAAGUUUUGGCUUGGAUAUAAGCUCUGGAAAUAAAGUUACAAGUCCCACUGACACGGCCACAACUUCUUCAGACAAACUUUUCGUAAAUGAGAGAACUGAUGAAAUGGGGGCCGUUAGGGGAUUGUUGGGAUAUGGUAAAGAGCGUGUAGUAUUUUAUUUGAACAUGAAUGUGGAUAGUGUAACUGUUUUUCUUAACAAGGAAGAUGGUUCUCAACUUGCUACACUAGUUCAAGAAAGUUUCCUACUGGAUCUUAAGGUUCACCCAACUUGUCUUUCCAUUGAUGGGACGUUAGGCAAUGUUAGACUUUGUGAUACGUCCCUUGGAACAGAUCAGUGCUGGGAUUGGCUUUGUGACAUUCGUAAUCCUGGUGUUGACUCCCUUAUAAAGUUCAAAUUUAAUUCUUAUAGUGCUGAAGACGAUGACUAUGAAGGAUACAGUUAUAGCUUGCAAGGCCAUCUGUCAGCUGUUCGCAUUGUUUUCCUUUAUAGAUUUGUGCAAGAGAUAAUGGUGUACUUUAUGGAGCUUGCCUCCCCAAAUACUGAAGAAGCAAUAAAACUUGUUGAUAAAGUUGGAGGAUUUGAAUGGUUGAUUCAGAAAUAUGAAAUCGAUGGAGCUACUGCACUUAAACUGGAUUUGGCACUGGAUACCCCAAUUAUCAUUGUUCCAAGGAAUUCAAUGAGCAAAGAUUUUAUACAACUUGAUCUGGGAAAGCUACAGAUUAAAAACGAAUUCAGUUGGCAUGGAUCUCAAGAAGAUGAUCCUUCAGCUGUGCAUAUUGAUCUUCUUCAUGCUCAGAUUCUGGGUAUUAACAUGUCUGUUGGAAUUGAUGGUUGUCUUGGAAAACCAAUGAUACGUGAGGGUCAAGGACUUGAUAUAUUUGUUCGUCGAAGCUUGAGGGAUGUUUUCCGGAAAGUUCCAACAUUUUCACUUGAAGUGAAGGCAAGUCCAAUUCCAAACCCUAAUAUUUUAGUGGAUCUAUUGCAUGGUAUAAUGUCUGAUAAAGAAUAUAAGGUGAUUUUGGAUUGUACAUACAUGAAUUUAUCUGAGCAACCAAGGCUUCCUGCUAGCUUUCGUGGUGGGCAAUCUGGUUCAAGAGAUACUAUUAGGCUUCUGGUUGAUAAGGUUAAUUUGAACAGUCAACUUUUGUUGUCACGCACAGUUACAAUCAUAGCUGUUACAGUUAACCAUGCCUUGCUGGAGCUUUGUAAUGGCACUGGUGGGGAAGCUCCAUUGGCUCAUAUUGCUAUGGAAGGUCUAUGGGUUUCUUACCGUAUGACCUCUUUAUCAGAGACGGACCUUUUUGUUACCAUUCCCAAAUUUUCUAUUCUAGAUGUCCGUCCUGAUACAAAACCUGAAAUGCGUCUGAUGCUUGGAUCUUCUGCUGAUGCUUCCAAACAAGCAAUUACUGGAAAUGUUCCCUUUUUGUUUAACCCUGGUAGCUUUAGAAAGACAACCAGUGAAGUUGGAAUUGAUGAAAUGCCCAUUUCAACAAUGUUCUUGAUUGACUACAGGUGGCGGGUGUCAUCCCAAUCAUAUGUAAUUCGUGUGCAGCAACCUCGAAUCCUUGUUGUGCCAGAUUUUCUUCUUGCAGUGGCUGAGUUUUUUGUGCCUUCUUUGGGAGCACUAACUGGAAGAGAAGAAAAAAUGGAUCCGAAGAAUGAUCCUAUUAGCAAAAACAGUAGCAUAGUGAUGAUGGAAUCAAUUUACAAGCAGAAAGAAGAUGUGGUUCACCUCUCCCCAUCUAAACAGUUAGUUGCUGAUUGGGUAGGCAUUGAUGAAUAUACAUAUGAUGGUUGUGGAAAGGUUAUUUGUUUAUCUGUUGAAACAGAUGCAAAGGAAGUUCGAAGCACAAGAUUUAGACCAAUUAUAGUCAUUGGACAUGGCAAAAAAUUGCGAUUUGUUAAUGUAAAAAUUGAGAAUGGUUCUCUUCUACGGAAGUAUACAUACCUUAGUAAUGAUAGCAGCUACUCAGUCUCUAGUGAAGAUGGUGUUGACAUGACAGAUCCAGGCAAUUUGCAAUCUAAUGAUGAGAAAAGCCUUGACAGUGUAAAUCAGAUAUCAAGCACAUCUACAUAUUCUCAAUGUGAUUCAAAUGGAACUCAAAGCUUUUCCUUUGAAACCCAGCUAUUUGUUACAACUGUUCUACUACCUAUUGCAGUAUUGCAAAUACUCCUCUACUCAUACAAGUAUAUGGGUUCUCUAGUUGAUCCACUUUCUUGGCUUCUGGCAAAUCUUUUUUAUUCUAUGGCUUUCAUAGAUCCUAAUUCUUCUUGUCCUCCUCCUCCAACCCCUCCUCCUUCAACAGAUUCUUGUCCUUCUUUAUCUGUGCCUACACUUGUCACAUUCUCCCAUCAAAUUACAGAGAAGCUUCAUGGUCGUAUUGGACCUGAUGGGUUGUAUCAGUUUUCAUACCUUCAGUUUAUGCCACAAUAUUUUUCUGAUUCUUCUUGCAAUUCUUGUAUUAAUUCUACUGUUGUUUCUUCUGAAUUAACCUUCUAUGAUGGCACUAAGUCAUUUCUUGAUGAUUCAUCUUAUGGCGAGAAGCUUGUUCGUGCAAAGUUGGAUCUGAGUUUCAUGUAUGCCUCCAAGGAAAAAGACACUUGGAUUAGAGCUCUGGUGAAGGAUUUCUCUGUUGAGGCUGGUUCUGGUCUUACUAUUCUCGAUCCAGUGGAUAUAUCAGGGGGAUAUACUUCCGCGUCUGCUGCAUUAAGUUUUGGAAAUGCAAUUCCUCUGGUUCAAUGUACCAACUAUGACCGAAUAUGGGUGUCUGAGAAAGAGACUGGCCAUAUAACUUUUUGGAGGCCUCGUGCUCCUGCAAAUUAUGUUAUAUUAGGAGAUUGUGUGACAUCAAGGCCAAUUCCUCCUUCACAGGCAGUAGUGGCUGUUAGUAACACAUAUGGCCGUGUGAGGAAGCCAGUUGAUUUCCAUCUUAUUGGGUCAUUCCGCAAUAUUCAAGGGCAUGGUGGAAGUGAAGACCAUUCUAUUGAUGGUAAUGAUUGUUCUCUUUGGAUACCUGUUGCACCGCCUGGGUACACGGCUCUAGGCUGUGUUGCGCAUGUUGGGAACGAACCACCCCCUAAUCACAUUGUUCAUUGCUUACGUUCUGAUCUGGUAACAUCAGCAAAGUAUACAGACUGUGUACUAAAUAUACCAUUAAAUAGUCACUUUACUUCUGGCUUUAGCAUAUGGCGCCUUGAUAAUGCUCUCGGCUCAUUUUUUGCGCAUUCUUACACUGGUUGCCCUCUCAGAGACAGAUGUUACGACUUAAACCAUCUGCUUGUCUGGAAUUCAAAUCGAGCUCCCCUGAUAGGUCCUGUAUCGGAUUAUCCUUCUGAUCAUGAAAAUAAAAAUACACAGUCAAGCAAAAGUAUGAAUACAUCUGGAUGGGAUAUUCUCAAGUCAAUUUCAAAAGCAACUAACUGCUAUAUGUCUACACCAAACUUUGAAAGGAUAUGGUGGGACAAAGGCAGUGACCUCCGUCGUCCAGUCUCCAUUUGGCGACCAAUUGCACGGCAUGGUUAUGCUGUCUUGGGUGAUUGCAUCACCGAAGGCCUUGAACCUCCUGCACUAGGAAUAAUAUUCAAGAAUGACAAUCCUGAUAUCUCUUCAAAACCUGUUCAAUUUACCAAAGUUUCCCACAUUCUAGGGAAAGGGAUUGAUGAAGUUUUCUUUUGGUAUCCUAUAGCUCCUCCUGGUUAUGUUUCUUUAGGAUGUGUUGUCUCCAAAACCGAUGAAGCUCCACGUGUGGACUUGCUUUGCUGUCCAAGGAUGGAUCUAGUUAGCCAAGCAAACAUUCAUGAGGUCCCUCUGUCGAGAUCUUCAAAUUCAAAGUCUCCUCAAUGUUGGAGCAUAUGGAAAGUAGAAAAUCAGGCUUGCACAUUUCUAGCUCGAUCUGACCUUAAAAAGCCAUCAAGCCGCUUAGCAUACAUAAUCGGUGAUUCUGUGAAACCCAAGACCCGAGAAAACAUAAAUGCUGAGUUAAAGCUGCGAUACUUUUCCUUGACGGUUUUGGACAGCUUAUGUGGAAUGAUGAGACCCUUAUUUGACACUACAAUUACUAAUAUUAAGCUUGCAACUCAUGGAGGACUACAUGGGAUGAAUGCGGUACUUAUUGCUUCAAUUGUUGCAUCAACCUUCAAUGCACAUUUAGAGGCAUGGGAGCCCGUUGUGGAACCAUUUGAUGGAAUAUUUAAGUUUGAAACUUUUGACACCAAUGCACAAUCACCAUCAGGAUUUGGAAAGAGAGUUCGAAUUUCUGCUACCAGUAUCUUGAAUAUAAAUGUCAGUGCAGCAAAUCUUGAAUCCUUUGUAGGAAGCAUUCUUUCUUGGAGACAACACUUAGAGCUUGAAGGGAAAGCAUCAAAGCUAAAUGAGGAGGUUGGUGGUCAACUAGGCAAAGGAGAAAAUACUACUUUUUCUGCACUUGAUGAGGAUGACUUGCAGACUGUGGUAGUUGAAAAUAAACUUGGGUGUGAUAUUUUUGUCAAAAAAGUUGAGCAUGAUUUAGAUAUAGUUGACAAGCUACAACACGGCAAUUGUGCUUCUGUCUGGGUUCCACCUCCAAGGUUUUCAAAUAGGUUAAAUGUUGCAAAUGAAUCUAGGGAAGCACGUUAUUAUGUUGCUGUGCAGAUACUUGAAGUCAAGGGCUUACCUAUCAUUGAUGAUGGCAACAGCCAUAACUUCUUCUGUGCUUUGCGGCUUCUUGUUGACAGCCAAGCAUCAGAACAGCAAAAGCUUUUUCCCCAGAGUGCAAGAACUAAGUGUGCGAAGCCUGUUCUGUCAAUAAUUAAAGAUCAGGUUGAAGGCAGUGUAAAAUGGAACGAACUGUUCAUAUUUGAAGUUCCUCGGAAGGCCCCUGCUAAGUUGGAAAUAGAGGUUACAAAUCUCGCAGCAAAAGCUGGUAAAGGGGAGGUUGUGGGUGCACUAUCUUUUUCUGUUGGAUAUGGUGCAAAUACUCUAAAGAAGGUUGCUUCCGUGAGAAUGUUUCAAGCACCAAAUGACGCGCAGAGUAUCAGAGCAUAUCCACUUAGUAGAAUGGUUCAGCAAAAUGUUGAAGCUAUGCAUGCUGGAUGCCUCCUUGCUUCUACCUCAUAUUUCGAAAGAAACAAAAUUGUUAACCUUCAAAAUGAUAUAGAAAGUGAGAAUGCUGGUGAUAGAGACAUAGGUUUCUGGGUGGGGCUUGACCCAGAGAGUGAGUGGGUGAGCAUUAGAUCGUUGCUUCCACUUUCAGUUGCUCCAGUAUCAUUACAGAAUGAAUAUAUUGGUAUGGAAGUUGUGAUGAAAAAUGGAAAGAAGAAUGUAAUUUUCAGGGGUCUUGUUACAGUAGUGAAUGAUUCAGAUGUUAUUUUGAAUAUUAUUUCAUGCCAUGCAUCCCAUGGUUAUGAUCCCUCAAUAAACAGUUCUAAUACUGUAACUGAAGAAGUCUUUCAAAAUCAGUAUUACCAACCGUCAUCUGGUUGGGGUAGCAAUUGGCCAGGUGUGCACAAAGAUAAUCCUGGACAUUGGAGUACAAGGGACUGCUCAAACUCCUCUAAGGAUUUCUUUGAACCUCCACUUCCUCCAGGGUGGAAAUGGUCCUCAGGUUGGUCCAUAGAUAAGUCUCAAUAUGUUGACAAGGAAGGCUGGGCAUAUGGACCUGACAUUAAAAGCUUAAGAUGGCCUGCCACUUCUUCACAGUUUUCAACCAAAUCAGCCUCUGAUGUUGUGCGUAGAAGACGUUGGGUUCGUACCAGACAAUCUUUUUCUGAGCAACGUACAGACUGCUGGCAGAAUGGAGCAGGUACUGUGCACCCUGGAGCUUCUGCUGUUUUAUCAUGGAGAAGUACAUCCAAGGACUCUGACCAAUGUUUGCAACUUCGUCCUAAAUUUGAUAAUUCUCAGCCCUCAUACUCAUGGAGUUGUGCUAUUGCUGUUGGUUCAAGUUAUAUAUAUAGCAAAGAUCAACUAUUAGAUCCAGGUUCGAGACUAACUGCUGUGACACCCAAUUGCUCGCUGAAGCUUAAUGAGCUUGAGAAAAAAGAUAUACUUCUUUGCUGUAAUCCUAAUAGUGGCAGUAAACAAUUGUGGUUUAGUGUGUGUACAGAUGCCUCAGUUCUCAAUACUGAAUUAAAUGUACCUGUAUAUGAUUGGAGAAUAUCUAUCACCUCUCCUUUCAAAAUAGAGAACCGGCUACCUUGUCCUGCCCAAUUUUCUAUCUCAGAAAAAAUAAAGGAAGGAAAUUUUAUUGAACGCCACCAUGGUGUCGUGUCUUCUCGCCAGAGCGUACAUAUCUAUUCAGCAGAUAUUCAAAAACCUUUGUAUAUCACUUUGAAUGUGCAGGAUGGCUGGGUCAUGGAAAAGGACCCAAUUCUUGUUCUUGAUCCUUCUUUCUCAAAUCAUGUCUCAUCUUUCUGGAUGAUUCACCGGCGAAGUAGAAGGAAAUUACGUGUGAGCAUUGAACAUGAUAUGGGUGGGACCACUGCUGCCCCAAAAACAUUAAGACUUUUUGUCCCUUAUUGGAUUGUCAACGAUACAUCUCUAUCUUUGGUAUACCGUGUGGUGGAAGUAGAACCUCAGGAAAAUACAGAGAUGGAUUCUGUUUUACUCUCUAGGGUUAAGUCUGCCAAGACUACCUUGAAAAAUCCCAUAAGCUCAUUGGAUAGAAGACAUUCUAAUUCAAGAAGAAGCCUGCAAGUGCUUGAAGUAAUUGAAGACAACAGUCCAUUUCCAAGCAUGCUUUCCCCACAAGAUUAUACUGGACGUAGUGGAGGUACAAUGUUUCAGUCUUCUAAAGAUACAUAUUUGUCACCUAGGCUGGGCAUUUCUGUUUCUAUGCAGUCUUCUGAAGUUUACGGCUCUGGGAUUUCUCUACUUGAACUGGAAAAAAAGGAACGUAUUGAUGUCAAAGCUUUCAAUUCUGAUGGAUCUUACUACAAGCUUUCAGCAUUGUUGAACAUGACUUCAGACAGAACAAAGCAAUGCGAUACUCUCUCAGCUGUAUGGAUCCAUCCCACUGAUCCUCCAAAGCCUUUUGGUUGGAAGAUAUCAGCCAAAGUUGAACUUUUGAGGGAUCCUAUAUUGAUUCAGUUGUGUAUUGAUGGCUACAAAUGGAGUACCCCAUUUAGUGUAAGCUAUGAAGGUGUAAUGCGCAUUAGCUUGAAAAAAGAUGCUGGAGAUGAACCAAUGCUAAUAAGGGUAGCCGUAAGAAGUGGUGCCAAGAGAUCACGCUUUGAAGUUGUUUUUCGUCCAGAUUCACUGUCAAGUCCUUAUAGGAUUGAAAAUCGCUCCAUGUUCUUGCCCAUUCGCUUUCGUCAAGUUGAAGGUAUUAGUGAUUCCUGGCAGCUGCUUUUUCCAAAUUCUGCUGCUUCAUUUAUGUGGGAAGAUCUUGGUAGAAGACGUUUAUUGGAACUCUUGGUAGAUGGAACUGACCCAAUGACAUCUCUAAAGUAUGAUAUUGAUGAAAUUUCUGAUCAUCAACCUGUCCACGGAAAAGAUGGACCAACUACAGCCUUGCGUGUUACUAUCAUUAAGGAAGAAAAAACAAAUGUUGUUAAGAUCAGUGAUUGGUUACCAGAAAAUGAAUCUACGGGAAUUUCGAGAAGGAAUUUAUCAUCAAUGAAUGAUUCUCAAAAGCAACAACUAAUGUCAAUUACAGAUUGUGAAUUCCACAUCAAUUUUGAUCUUGCUGAGCUUGGGAUAUCUAUUAUUGACCAUACACCUGAGGAAAUUUUGUAUCUCUCUGUUCAGAAUCUUGUUCUGGCGUAUUCAACUGGUUUGGGCUCCGGAAUCAGUCGAUUCAAAGUCAGAAUGUGUGGGCUACAAGUGGACAACCAGCUGCCAUUAACUCCAAUGCCAGUUCUCUUCAGGCCACAGAGAGGUGCAUCAGAAACUGACUAUAUCCUGAAAUGCUCCCUUACAAUGCAGUCAAAUGGAUCGGUGGAUCUUUGUGUAUAUCCAUAUAUUGGUCUUCAUGGGCCAGAAAGUUCUGCUGCCUUUCUGAUAAACAUUCAUGAACCUAUUAUUUGGCGCCUUCAUGAAAUGAUCCAGCAGGUGAAGCUCAGUAGGCUGUAUGAUUCUCAAACAACGGCUGCAUCAGUUGAUCCAAUCAUUCAAAUUGGUGUACUUAAUAUUUCGGAAGUUCGAUUCAAAGUGUCGAUGGCUAUGUCACCAAGUCAAAGACCAAGGGGUGUGCUUGGGUUCUGGGCAUCCUUGAUGACUGCAUUGGGUAACACGGAAAAUAUGCCUGUUAGGAUAAACCAGAGGUUUAAUGAGAACGUAUGCAUGAGGCAGAGUUCUAUGAUUAGCAUGGCCAUCUCAAAUAUCCGAAAGGAUCUUUUGGGACAACCACUUCAGCUUCUCUCAGGUGUGGAUAUAUUGGGCAAUGCAAGUAGUGCACUUGGACACAUGAGUAAAGGUGUAGCUGCAUUGUCUAUGGAUAAAAAAUUCAUUCAAAGUCGACAGAGACAGGAAACCAAAGGUGUGGAGGAUUUUGGUGAUGUUAUAAGAGAGGGUGGCGGAGCAUUUGCUAAAGGUUUAUUCAGAGGGGUGACUGGCAUUUUAACAAAGCCUCUGGAAGGAGCAAAAUCUUCUGGUGUUGAAGGUUUUGUUCAGGGUGUUGGGAAGGGAAUUAUUGGUGCAGCUGCACAGCCAGUGAGUGGAGUUUUGGAUCUUUUGUCAAAAACAACUGAAGGUGCUAAUGCUAUGAGGAUGAGAAUUGCAUCUGCUAUAACAUCUGACGAACAACUUCUCCGGAGGAGACUGCCUCGUGUUAUAAGUGGUGAUAAUUUGCUUAAACUAUAUGAUGAGUACAAGGCUCAAGGACAGGUAAUACUGCAGUUGGCAGAAUCAGGUUCAUUUUUUGGUCAGGUUGAUUUGUUCAAAGUUCGUGGAAAGUUUGCCUUAUCAGAUGCUUAUGAAGAUCACUUCAUGCUUCCAAAAGGAAAAAUCCUCGUGGUCACGCAUACAAGAGUCUUACUAUUGCAACAACCAUCCAAUAUUCUUGCCCAGAGGAAAUUCAGCCCCGCUAGGGAUCCAUGCUCAAUAAUGUGGGAUAUUCCGUGGGAUGACCUUGGUACCAUGGAACUGAUACAUGGCAAAAAAGACAACCCAAAAGGUCCCCCCUCAAGGCUCAUUUUAUAUUUGCGGUCUAGGUCAUUGGAUACGAAAGAAAAUCAUCGCAUUAUAAAAUGCAUCCCUGAAACUCGUCAAGCUCUUCAAGCUUACUCUUCAAUUGAGCAUGCAUUGAACACAUACGGCCCAGGAGUAUCAAAGGGAGUUCUCAAAAAUAGAGUGACAAAGCCAUAUUCACCCCAUGUUGAUGCCCCUAGUGCUGACCUAUCCCCCCAACAGAUGCCUGGAUCAGCCCCUCUCUCCUCGACUUUUGGAAGCAGUGCCCAUCAUCACUAG